AUGUCGGACUCUACUGUUGGCCAGACGAAGCAGUUUGGAAAGGGCCAGAGGACCGUUCCGCACCCGGCUCAGAAGGCCCAGAAGUGGUACCCCGUGGAUGACGAGUCGCAGCCCAAGAAAGUCCGCAAGACUAUCCGUCCCACCAAGCUCCGGGAAUCCCUCCAGCCCGGUACCGUUCUGAUCCUCCUCGCUGGCCGCUUCCGUGGCAAGCGUGUCAUCCUCCUCAAGCACCUCGACCAGGGUGUUCUCCUCGUUACCGGUCCCUUCAAGAUCAACGGUGUUCCCCUCCGCCGUGUGAACUCCCGCUAUGUGAUCGCCACCAGCAAGCGCGUCGACAUCAGCGGUGUUGAUCAGGCCGCUCUUGAGAAGGUCUCUGCUCCUGAGUACUUCACCAAGGACAAGGCCACCGAGAAGAAGACCGAGGAGGCUUUCUUCAAGCAGGGAGAGAAGCCCGAGAAGAAGCAGGUUGCCAGCGCCCGUGCCAGCGACCAGAAGUCCAUCGACCAGACCGUCCUGGCCUCCGUCAAGAACGAGGAGUUCCUUGGCAGCUACCUCGCCACCUCUUUCUACCUCCGGAACGGUGACAAGCCCCACGAGAUGAAGUGGUAG